AUGCAGUCCGACGAGGUCCAGUUCGUUCACUUCAACGAUGUCUGCCUUGAGUAUGCCCUGGAUCUAACCGCGACUGUAUCAGUAUCACAUCCCCUCAGCGGCCCUACUUACCAGGUUCCUCAACCUGCAGCUCGAAUUUGCAGCCUCAAACCCAAACGCCCCAACCCUAACCCUCUUCAGCGGAGAUGCGUUCUCGCCCUCGCUUGA